UUCACAGUUUCUAAAAAACUCCUCGACAUGGCUAAGGUAAUAAUAAUUAUUUUGAUGGCUGUUUUGUCACUUGCGCUUGGCGCAGCAAUAAAAAAAGGAGAAAUAGACUCCAAAAAGGAUAAAAGAGGACUCAUUGAUCUGGGGUACGGAUACGCUCACACUCCGGAUUAUAUCUACUCGCAAAAAGAGUAUGUUGCUCCAUUACCGACUUCACACAGCUCAGUGACCAUCCAAAAACAUUACCAAGUUCCAUUACAGGCGAAAGUUUUUGUCUACCAUCCGCACAACCUUGGAGUAGUUAAAUCCGUCCCAGUAGCUCCAACGUUUCACCAGAUACCGCUAGCUGUUAAAGUACCUGAUGCGACCUUUCAUCAGCCGUACGGCCAACACUACUCUUAUGGAAUCGCACAGCCGAUUAUCAUUGACUAAUACUGCCAGUUAAUCAUCCGGGUUUGAUUAAGUGGGUAUUGAAAUACUCCGA